ACUCCCCGGCGUCUAUAGUCAUAGUAAAGUUUACACUACAGGUUAAUGGAAACGAGACGAAGACAGUGACACGGACCGUAGGACUUCUGUAGUGAGAGGAAGGGCGUGGAGGAUGUCGGUAGUGAGCUAGAGCACCAUGGCGCCCACAGCGGGUCAGAACACCUCGGCCUCCACCCACCAGCAGACGAGAAAUGGCACGAAAGUGUUUAGGAUUGUGGUGUUGGGAGAGGGUGGGGUCGGGAAGUCGGCUCUGACGCUACAGUUCGUGAGUCACAGCUUUCUGGAGUACCAUGACCCAACUAUCGAGGAUGCAUAUCAGAGACAAGCUGUUAUUGAUGGAGAGCCAGCCUUGCUCGACAUACUGGACACAGCUGGCCAGAUUGAAUUCACUGCCAUGCGGGAUCAGUAUAUGCGGUGCGGUGAAGGCUUCUUGAUCUGUUACUCUCUGACGGACCGUCGAAGUUUUGAAGAGGUGGCAGGAUACCGGAAGUUGAUUGCAAAAGUGCGCGGCUCUUCAGACUCCAUUCCUAUUGUCUUAGUGGGCAAUAAGGUUGAUUUGGAUGAUCCAGUGCACAGGAAGGUCUCGACUGAAGAAGGCCAAGCCCUUGCGCAGUCCAUGGGCUGUCCCUUCUUCGAAACGUCGGCUGCUUUGAGGCAAUAUGUUGAUGAUGCAUUCCACAUGCUUGUGCGGGAGAUUCGUCGCAAGCAGAAGGAAGCAGCUGGAGGCGAGAACCAGGGCAGGAGCCGGUCUCUCUCGCGUUGGAGAAGGUUCAAAAACAUAUUCCUCUGGAUUUUCCGGCGGCCUCGGUAUAAGUAAAAGCGAAAUUGGAUGUCAACAACGGGGAUUGACGAUUUAGAGCUUACAGGUAUAUAGGGUUAUACAAUGUGGUUCUUCCAUAAGUGCUUGUGAGAGUAUGCCUAGUGCCAUAAUAAGAAAUAAAAGAGAGGAAGUAAGAAAAGAAGACUUCUCAGUAGAUCUAGGAAUAUUUACGUAAUUCAUUCACAUUACACAGUUCACAUGCUGUGCUUCACGCCAGAUGGAGAAAUUACCGAAAAGAGGAAAAUACAAAUGAUGUUGCUCAGAUGUCAUCACAGAGAAGACAUUGAUUUUGUGGUAUGCUUUUUGUAUGGAAAAGUUAAAUGUAGAGUUAGAUUCAGAAUAAGGAAAGAGGGUUUAUACUGACAAUUUAUAUGGAUGUAUGAAUUUUUAUUCUCUCUCUCUCUCUCUUACUCUGUGGUAUUUGUCCAUGAAGGAGAGAAUGAAACAUAGAUUUAUUGAUUGUAUUAUGGCAUAUGAAACAUAGUAAAACUUAUUUGUGCAAAAUUGAGAGAUAGAUGGAGAUGUGAUAUUCUUCAUUUAGGUUUUGUUUCUCAAACAUCAGGACAUCUUAGGAUUAUUCUUAUGAAAAAAGAAUAAGUUUCAGAUUUACUCUAGAUCUAGAUCACAGGAGAUAUUUGACAAGUAUGUAAGAUCCUUCGUUAUUCAUUUUGAAGUUUAAAAAACAAAACUUUUUGAAAGGAGCAAGGUGCUGUCUUUUUUACACUGUAUAUACCGAUAGGCCUUAUCAAGGGGAUUAUUAUAUGAUACCAUGUUCUUGUGCUUUUAAUGCCAGUGUGAUGUAAUAUAUAUAUGUAAAUAAGAGUGAUACACUGCCUGGUCUUGACCCAUGAUAAAAGUGUCUCACUUACACAUCCGGUUGUAGUAGUUAGCAAUAAGCAUCCGCGGCGUCUAAAACAACGAAAUUCUACUGAAACCAUGAAAACACUCACUUUCGAGACAUGGGUGUUAGGAACAUGCUCUCCUUGGUAUUCUACAGCAGUAUUCCGGCACGAGCUCCAAUGCCUCCACUCAGAGGGGGGAUGGGACGUGACUGGCGGCGGUACUUAUGCCGCGCGUUAGGUGUCGAGGAGUUUUUUUUGUAGGCAAGGACAUCGGAGUCUUAUUUUACGGUGUAGAAAGAUCACCAGAGUUUCGUAUAGGGAGUUCAAUUUUGUCUCUAUUUUGCCGUUUUAUUUGAGUUCAUUCAUUUAUUUUAUAUUCUUAUGAUCAUGCAAGACAAGUUUCUGAUUUAUUUUUUUCUAACACAUGCAUUUUCAUUUAAGAAAUCCGUAAUUUGCUAAGAUUGAAACACUGGUUUUGUUAAUCUUUGUUACAAAUGGCUUAGCACACACUCUCUCUUGCUCUAACAUGAACCGGAGUUUGAAGUGAACUGUUUCUAUUAUAUUUGCCUGUUGAGAUCUGUGAGAGAAACGAAAUGAUUGUUUUAUUUGAUCUAUAUCUUCAUGAUGAUCAAUAAUUUUUAAGGUUUUAUCUAAAAUGUAUUAUAUUGUUAUUUCAGAUGUGUAUUAAGGGAGAAAAAUAUUAUAUGAGAGGAAGGGAUCUAUGUGAUAUUGCUAGGUGAAUAUGAUAAUGAGAUUCAUACAUGUUAAGACACAUUUAAAAUUUUUAUAUCUUCUUAUAUUUCAAGAUAAAUUAUCAAGCUCAGACUGUACCUAGAAUGAGAUCUAUAAGCUGGAAUAUAUACAUAUAUAUAUAUAUAUAUACACACACACACACACACACACACACACACACACACACACACACACACACACACACACACACACACACACACACACACACACACACACACACACACACACACAUAUAUACUUUUAUUAUUUAUGUAUGUAAGAAAUGAAAAGGAUUCAUUCUGCUUGUCUCUAAAUACUUGCCCCCUCAGUGGUGAUAGACUUCACAAAAUACUGUUGUUCGCACAAGAUUGGUUGUGUAAUCAUUGAAGAUUUAGUUAUACCAGAGUUUAUUAGGAAGUGAUGCUAGUCAUAUAAAAGAAUGGACAAAAAGAGAUACAAAAAGUGUUACAUCCAUAUAUAGUUAUUGUAUAUAUAAAAAAGAAAAGCCUUUCCUUGGAAAUAUACUCAAAUGAUUAAGGAUUGUACUAGUGUCAGUCUUGUGAAAGAGAAGGGAGCAUUUUUUUUUUUUCCCUUUUUCUUUUUAAAUAGAAAUAAUAAUUUAUGCUUUGUGAGGCAUAUUUUAUCUCAGUCACCUACCUAUUUUAGGCAGCAUUAAGAGUCCUUGCAUUGUGUCAUGUUGAAGCAUUGAGAGUUCCGAGCCCUCGGUUAUGUAUUUUGUCCUCAGUGCCACUCCCACAUUGGCAUUAGGGGGUUGAGUUCGCAUUGAUUCUCAGCACUUUGGUUGCGGUCUCUGAUUGCAUCUUUGGUGGAAGCAAUAGCCUGUAAUGCUGCAGUGUUAACAAAUCUGUGAGGAAUGGUAUUGAUGUAAUGGAUGGGAACAUUUUGGACUGGAGUUGAGGGGAGUUACCGCUUUCUACUUGAAUAUGCUGUGAGUUUUGUUCGAUUUCAGCGAGGCUUAGCACACGUUUAGGGGACUGUGAGAGAUGAGUUGGGUAGGCGAUUUCUGAGCUAGGGUACAAAUUAGAGUGAACUUGAUGUCACUUCUUAAGAACAGAAAGUGUUUCUUGUAUCCAUACUCGUAGAAUUUUGAUUGUACCAAAAAACUGUGAGUGGGUUGAUGAUUAUUUUUAGAAACAAUCCUCACGUGAUAGGUAGUUAUUGAGUUUACAUUUUGAGAAAACAUUAAAAGAUUUUCUUUAUUAUUUGCAAGAUAUAUUCUGAACUGGUGGGGUGAGGGAGAAAUAGAAGAAAUGUGGGAUAUAGACUGACUGAAUAUUUUAUUUUAGCACUUCCAAUUGGUAUUGAAAUGAUUGUUGUAUGACCAUUACUGAGUCUAUUGAUCUCAAAGUUCUAUUAAUGUUUCAAGAAAACAGCCUGUGAACUUCUUUCAUAUUUGAAGACAAACUGAACAAAUGAGAGAGUGGGAGUAGAAAAUGUUAGAUACAGGUUUCUAAGUGCUUUUCAGCAAUAAUAGGAGGAACGUGGAUAGGAGAUUUGAUUUUUAGCAUAAAAAAGGGCGGUGGCUCCCAUUAAUAAUAGGUGGAAGCCUGUUUUGCAAACAUAAUGGAGAUUUUUUUUUUUUAAGGUUAUAUGCACAGGUCAUAGGCACACAAGCUACUUCUAUGAUAUGUUCUGUGAAGUAAAAUCUGAAUUACAUAGCAUUUUAUGAGUUCUAGGUCUCUGGUAUCCAUUUUGAAUUUGAAAUGUAACCAUAGGUCUUUCUCAAAAUCAUAUUGAAGGUAUUGUUGGUCCUCAUUUUCCAGUGAGAUCAAUAUCUUAGUGAUAAGUUUUAAAGAUAGGUAAUGUUUAUUGGGGGCACUUCAGGUCUGCACUUGCAAUUUUUGGAAUGUCCUUUCUUUUUUGAUAGAGGAGGGAUAGUCAAAAUGCAUUGAUUGUGUGUUGUUGUCUCUCCUCAGUUUUGAUGCUGAGAUUGUGGUAAUGUUAACUGAAUAUUUUUUAUUUUCCUCAUUCUGAAUUCUGUUUAGCAUGCAAUACCAUUUCCUUUUACGUGCUUCAGCUAUAGCAAGUCAUCCAGUGUCUCGUAGAAGGUCAUCAGAAGCAGUGAAUGUGGUUUAUUUGCAUUUAUUUAAUGACUGACUUACCCCCAAACACCAGGUUCCAUGCACUCUGUCCCCUUCCCAGGACUAGACCCCAAAAUGUUUUACCAUCACGAAGCAAUCACAGAUGUCGUUUCCUUUCUGCUAGUACUAUGUCAGCUGGCUGGUGUAUUUUUAUAUUAGCAUUUUUUCCAAGGGCCUUUCCUCCAUGCUCCUCAGCUGUCCUGGGUAGGCCCUACAUCCCCCUUCAUCUCUCUUCCAAUUACCACAACUGAGGUGCACGAGGGAGCCCAUGACACCUCUCUCGGUAAGCUUGUUGUGCUUUCAGCUUGAAACUUGCUGGUAGAAUACCAAAACUUCCUCAAAAGUAAGCCAGUGUCUGGGGGUUUAUUAUACAAAAUGAUCACAUAAUAUACCUGAGGAUGAAACUGUUGCUACAGUGGGCUUUUCAUAUAUGUUUAAUGAAUUUUUAAUGAACUUCAUGCAUUGUUGUCUAAUUUAUAAUUUUUUCUGUUAUUUACAUUUGACCAUGCAUUUUAUGCUACCAGAGUAAAAUAUUUAAGUCAAACAGAAAUCAUGCUUUUUGAUACUAUAGAGGUAUAAUCUGUGUAACACUUGUGCACUCAGAAUUAUUUGAUAAAACAAUCGUUUCUGUAGUAUUGUAGAAUAGGGUAUUUAUUAACUAAACUAGACAAAAUGUAUUUGAGAUAAUGUUUUGUUACCGCAUACAGUUUAUGGUUUACUGUACAUUAAGGUUAUGAUCUUCAUUUUUAUGUGGUGUGAAGCAGUGUUAUACUUUCUUUUCUUUUCUUUUGUAUCUCAAAACAAAAUAUAUAAGGUUAUUGUUACAGAAAUGUUCUCUGUUGAGUAAUAUGUUUAGUGUGGACUGUAGAUGGAAAUGCUGUACAUUUGACACUGGAGAAUCACUUUUUUUUUUUAGUGUGUUAACUUUGCCCAUUUAUUAAUGUUCAUCUGUAACUUUGGGAUAAUGCUUUACAAUGAAUGUCUAGGUAAGAUCACCAUUUCUCAAGUCAGCUAAAGAUAUUUUUAGAUAUUUUUAUAGAGGGUACAUGAAGCAAAUUUAAUCCUCCAAAACAUAGUUGUUAAGCAAACCAUUAACGAAUUAGGUGGACGCAUCUUUUGCAUGUAUGGAUAAUGCACAGUUAGAGAGUGGAAAGAAAGUUAAACAAAAAUGAAAAAGAAAAUUAAAAGUUUAAAAGAUGAAUGAUAAUUAAAAAGAGAUUAAAGUAGGGAAAAUGGCUCGACUUGUGAGCACGAGUUUCAAGAAAGAGCAGCAAUUGCGGUAACAACCUAACCUGCAACACACGCUGUUAUUCACACACCUGUUUACGGACCCUAGAUUAGGUGAAGUCCGACCACGUAGUACAGUGCUGCGUUGGGUUAUUGGGCUGGGCUUUGCGGCCAGUGAGGCUCCACCAUCAGCAAGAGACUGGUGUUUGGCAGCCUCUCUGACCAGUUGAGAUUCCCAGUUGUAACCUGAGCUGCAGUUCUAUGCUUAUCUAGUCAAUCAGUUGACCCUCUCCCUUUGUAUGUUGUCUUCAUUGUUAGACAUCAUAUUGAAUGUUUAUGUAAUAUAUAUACAUUAUAUAUAUAAAUUAUGAUUUUUUUUCUUAUUUUUUUUUCAAUCUUUAGUAAUUAUCACUGUUGGCUUGCCAAAAGGAAAAUGUAAAGAGAAAAGAAGGGGAAAUCCCCUCAGUGGUGGGCUGUGGUAGGUGUUUAAGAAUGUCCUUUACUGAAAGCAUACUGUAUGUUGAUCAUCGAGAUUUUGUUUCUUUUUUAUAUUAUGCAGAGAGAGAGUAUUGUUGCUUUUCUUGGGAAUACUCUUUAAUAUAUAUUUGAUGUUUAGAGUAGAAAUUCUUUUCAACCCAAUAUUUGUUGCUAUGAUUAUGAGCAUUUAGAAAAUCCUAUUAUGUAAUAACAUGUUGUGAUCCUUUCCAAAUAACUAUAUUCUAAUUUAAGGAGUUAGAAACCCUUUUUUUUUUUUUUUUUUUUAACAAUUAUAUUACACUUGUUGUUGAACUGUAUAAGAUGCAUAUUAGUAUAUUUUGUUGAAUUUAUUGCAUUCAAAUUAUUCAGAUUUCUUGAGACAUGAUGCACUUCACUCGUUUUGGAUUUACUGUACUCACUCGUAAGAACACUAGUAGAAAUAUGCAACCCAAAUAUCCAGGGGUAUGUACCAUGGAUAGAGUAGACAUUAAAUUAUUUUCAAUAUUAAAAAUGUGUUGUUUUUUUUUCCUUCUCUCUUAUCCUUGAUAAUAAGGUCAUCGUAAGUUGUAUAUACUGUGAUUGUGAAUGAAUUUUCUAGUUGUUUGUGUUCACUUCGUGUUUUGCCUUUUAUUUUCUCAAAAGGGAAUAUUGUAAGUAAAGUUUUGCAAGAGGAAGAAUUGGUUAUUUUUUUAUAAUAGUGGUUACUAUUAUUUUGAACAUGUAUGAAGAAUGGAGUUUUGAUGGUCAUUCCAAAAAAGUAUGGUCAUAAUACUGAUACUGAAAAGACAAUUCAUUUUCAUACUGAAUAUUUUCUGCACACUACUUUACCUCUAGCUUUUAUAUCUACUGAACUCUCUUAUUUAUCAUAUUUGAAGUCAAACAAAAAAUAUGAUCAAACAGAAAGUAGAAAACUAUUAGAAAAAAAGGGAAAUACUUUAAUUCUAAACAGAAUACCGUGUUAUUACCCUCGGUCAAUGUUCCGUCUUUUAACCCAAAACUGACAGGCAUGGCAUGUAAUGUACAUGCCAUGCCUACUGUGAAAGUACUUUAUUAAUUGUUUUUACACGUAGAUGGCUCCACUUAUAUAAGUCAACAAUAAGCCAGUUAUGAGUACUACCUGUCUCACCUGUUUACCCUUUUCUUUCAUUUUCAAAAACAUUUCAUCUUGUAUUGCUGGCAAUAAGAUUAUGAUAAUUAUAAUGUCUAUAAGAAAGAUAAUGUCAUCAAUAUUGAAAACUUUAGUAAAAAUAUUUUUUUUUUCCUGCAAAUUCAAGGAAAGGUUAAAUCAGGUAAGGUUACAAGGUCUACUAAUUGAUUCCUCUGUGGCUAAGCACUAGCAGAGCUAUCUAUAUGUAGAGACAUUUCACAAAAAAAAUAUAAAAUGGGCACAGCCUUUUCCCAGCAACACUGGGUUAAAAAAACUGAUGCACAUUGUUUUUUUUACAACAGUUAUAUAUGAUAAAAAUAGGAAUGUAAUUUUAAAUGAGCAUCUUUUGGUUAUAAAAAUAAAGAAGCAUAAGCAUUAACAAAGGUGAUUAAUAAAACCAGUCAUUUUAACAAAAUUUUAUUAAUUCAUACAAGUCAGGAUUAUGCAUUUCAAAGACCAACUUCCAAAGAUUUUCAAAAAAUAUUCCAACGAACUACACCACAAAAAUUUAGCUUUCAUAUUUAACAGCAAUUUAAAUUUUUGUCGACAUCAUAAAGAAAGAACCUUGAUGAGUAGCAUGCAAGGUUCCCGAAUAUUGGCUUUCUUAGACCAAUGGUCAUGUAAAUUUAGAAUAACUGCAUAUUAUUACAUUUUGUGGGGAGAAAAGAGUACACAUGAAGAGAGAAAUAUGAUACUUCUGUAUUUUAUGAAUAUAUGAGUUACCAAUAAAGAGAGUCUGCUCAGUGUGGUUCUUACCUUUAAAAGUUAUAAUAGUAAAAAAGAUGAGAGAGAGAGAGGACUUAAACCAAAGCAGAUUAGGAAAUGUUAUUAAUUUUGAAUAUUUUUCCCUCACUUAUGAAGGUCUUAAGAUAUAAAAUUAACUUUAGUUAUUGUUAAUUGCAAAGCAUCUUUUGGCCACAAAAACUACGAAGGUAAAAUCUGAGAGAAUUCUUUUUGAAUAAAAAACACUGCAUUAUAUUUAUGCUUGCAUGGAAUUUGCAACAAACUUUAACUAACCAAUUACUAAAUUUUGAAAAUUUUGUUUAUAAAGAAAGGAUAAGUUUUAAUGAGUAUAUAAAAUUUUCUUCUAUAUUAGUAGAGGAAGCACUGCAUUACUCUUGAUUGAAUGGGAAGUGACAAACAGAUAAAAGUGAUUAAGAAAUUGCAAAUAUGGCCACAGUUUGUUUUCAGAAAACUUUCUUUCAACCAAAGUUACAGUUUGGCGUCAAAAUGGAAUUUUCCGACAUCUUGACUGAAGGAUUUAUUACUUACAAAUAUAUACAUAAGUACUCUUACAUAAAACAUUCAUAUUAUGCAUCACAAAAACCACAUGAAAACAAUAGAAAGGGUUCAUUUUGAUACACAUACUAUAUAUAUUCAAAUAUAUCAUUAAAGAAAAAUUACAAUUUUCAGAGAGCAUUGAGAAUCAGAUUUUCCUUGUUCUGUUUUGAAAGGAUUUGCCAAAAUAAUCUGGAUUAUUCUGGUAAAAAUUCAGUGACUGCAAAACAAUAUUUUAGUUUUGGAAAGAUUCAAGUUAUUAUUCCAUUUCAUCAAAUUUAAACUCUUACUAGCCUGUGAUGACAUCAGGAUCAUAAUAAUUUUUCCGGUGUGUAAUUAAAAAUACUAAUAAUGAGUGUGAUAAAACAUUGGGAGUUCAAAAUUAUGUGUAUUAAAAAUUAGCUGAUAUCAAUAUUGAUCGACUGAUAUUAUGGGUUAAUUUAACGAGAUUAGCUUGAAAUUGACUGGUAAUACAAUAAUAUUCUUGGAUGACUUCACUUGCUCUGUCUUUUUAUGUGUAUUUCAUCAACUUACCAUAUUUAAAACAAAAGCUGUAACAGAUAUCAUCUCCCUGUGAAUGAAGAGAGGUAAAAUACGAGAACUGAAACGCUGCUGCUGUGUUUCUUUGAGAAAAAAGUGUAAAUUUGUGUUCUAUUCGAGCAUUUCUGGUAUACAUACUCUUCUUGUGGUGAAGAAUGUAUGGAAGGUAAACAUUAUCAAAUUAUACUCAUGGGUCAGUCAUGAACUCAAAUUAUUUUCAUGAUGAACACUGACUUCCUAAAAAGAUACUUCAGAAAAUAAGAACAUAGUGAAAAAUAAAAAUUCAUCCCACAUUUACACUGAAUAUUUUCAAAUAAUAUGUUUAAACUUAUAGGAAACAGGCAAAGCACAGCAGAAAAAAAGGUGUAAAAAGCCAACAAUGAUUUUAGUUAAAAAUAUUAUUGUCAAUGGAGUCAAGUAAUGGCACAGUUUUCAAAAACCUCUAAUAAUUUUUUUUUUUCUCUUGCCCAUAAGACAAAGUUGACUUGUUUGAUAUGUAAUGUGUUAUAACAUUUUCAGAAUGAAUGAACUGAUAAAAAAAAGAAAAAGAGAAAGAAAAGAAAAGAAA